AUCCCAACUACAUAAACCCCUCAUAUCUUCACACUUAACUAAAUCUCCUUCCUCAACCAAUUUCUUUUUCUAUCUCAUUCAGGCAUUUCAUCAAACACUUUUUGCAAACACAAAAAAAAAAAGAAAAAAGAAGUUUCAAUUAACAACAUUGUAACAUUGUCAAUAUUAUGGCUAGAGCACAACAAAGAUAUAGAGGAGUUCGACAGAGACAUUGGGGUUCUUGGGUCUCCGAAAUUCGCCAUCCAUUACUGAAGACAAGACUUUGGUUAGGCACAUUUGAGACAGCAGAAGAUGCAGCAAGAGCAUAUGAUGAAGCAGCAAGGCUUAUGUGUGGUCCAAGAGCUAGAACCAAUUUCCCCUACAACCCAAACAUGCCACAAACAUCUUCCUCUAAGCUUCUCUCAACUACAUUAACAGCCAAGUUACACAAAUGCUACAUGGCUUCACUUCAAAUGACCAAAACCUCACCACAAGAACAAAAAAGAGCAAAAAAUGCAACCAAUGUUCAAGAAAGUGUUAUUAAUUCCUAUAAAAUGAAACAACAAAUGUUGGUACCAAUGCCAUCAGUACAAUUGACUCAUCAUCAUGAGGAAGCUAAAACAGUUAACUUGGGAGUAAUUAGGAAAGUUGAAGAUCAAGUACUUGAGGGCAUACCACAAUUUGUCAAGCCACUUGAAGAUGAUCACAUUGAACAAAUGAUUGAAGAAUUGUUGGAUUAUGGAUCCAUUGAGCUUUGCUCUAAUGUUCCAUCUCACUAA